AUGGGAGCAGUCGCCUCGAGCCCGGCGCCUCCUGCGUCGGAAUCCAAGCCCAGCAGCGCGUUUACUGGCCUCACACGACUUGGAAGGUCGGAGGAGACGACGCAGGCAGAGUCUGACCCUGAAGAAUUCUCCUGCGUCAUGGGUGAUGUGGAGGGAUCGUCGCUUCGACCGCGAGCUCGCUUGUCCAAGGUUGCCAGCUGGGAGCAACUGCCACAAAGCCACCGGGGCAUUCGCUUGAGCGAGCUUUGGGAUUUCUAUCGUCCAUGCCAGGAGUGGCUGGAAGACCUGCGCUGGCGAUGUGUCAUGGAUCCUGCGGCAGUGGCGACGCUUCCAGCUUGGGACCCGAAGCUUGUGGCCUGUGCGGAGCAUCGCCAUCUCCCGGCCGUUUCGAAGGCCGAAACCUCUAUGAGGAAGGAGAUGAUCAUCCCUGCCUGUUCUGAGCUCCAAGUCUCCUAUGUGGAGCUCCUCCGACAACGCGCAGCCGGCAUGUGUGGAAGCUUCGACGGGGUCAAGGCUGACACCUUUGUGUCUCACUGGUGGGGAGAGGAGUUUCCCAAGUUCAUGCGAACCUUGGACAAUUUCAGCCGCGCACGAACUGCGCGGCUACCCUGGGCGCGCUGCACCACCAGCUAUCGUGACCCAGGAAGCUGGGCUUUUUGGAUCUGUGCCUUUGCAAACAACCAGUAUGCCAUCGACCAUGCGCUCGGUGACUCCACCGGCCACACUUCUCCGCGAACUGCUGUAUUGUCUUCUGCCUUCGCGACCGCGUUGAUGUCUGUGAGCGACGCGGUAGCCAUCUUGGAUGACCAUGCCAGGAUUUACUCACGGAUUUGGUGCUGCUUUGAGCUCUUCUCCGUUGCCAGGCUGCUGCCACAACGCCAGGGCAUCAGACUGGAGAUCUUCAUCGCCAACGAAACUGGUGUGGUAAGCUCCGGCUGCGGGAACGUGAGUUCCAUGAACAUGUUGAUCCAGAGCGUGAAGACAAGUGAGGCGCAGGCCUCGAACCCCGCGGACAAGGCCAUGAUACAAUCUGCCAUGGAAGCAGAGGGCACCAGCAACGACGACCUUGACAAUGCGCUGCAGUGCCUGGCGCGGGAAGGUCAGCGUGCAGCGCGGCACCGUGCCUGCAUCGAGUCGUGCUUCAUCUUUGUCAUCGCGCAGAUUGUCCUUAUCAAUCUGGUGAUAUCUAUGUACGCGAUUGUUUACAACUACGACCCGGGCACAGAACACCAAAUUCUGGACCUGAUGCACGAUGGCAUCGAAACGGUGAAGCAGGUCAGCCGACACUUUACCAUCGCCAUGCUCGCGGGCACCACAAUCCUGUUUGCAUACAAGGCCUGCUACUGGCAUUCCUCUGAGGGCUACUCGCGGCGAGUCCGUGUCAAUGUCAACCUCGUCUUGCUGAACCUGUGCAUCGGCGUGGUGAUUGUCACCGUUGUCUUCCCGCUAACUCUCAAUCAGUGGACGAUGCUUCUCUUGUGUCUCUCCGGCUCCAUCUACGUCAUCUUGGCAAUGUUUCCUUCUAUAUCCCCCUUGGGAAUUGUUUUUCAAUUUUUUGUUUAUAUAAAUCCCAAGAGAUAUUCAAAAGAUUCUUUUUAUAGAGGUUCUAAGGGGAGUAUAGCCUUGUCCCUGAUGGUAUCUUAUGGUCCUAUCACCUUUGGGGAAACUGCUGCAGCAAGCUAG